UCUGCCGGCCGAUUCCACAACCCUUCGAAAAAUGGCUCCCGCGUGGCAAGAAGUGGACCACGCUCGAAUAGAAAAACGAUGCGAGCUCGUGUUAAGCGGUGCGGAAGUCUCGAAGAGAAUCGAGGAGGACUCUUUCGACGUCUCCGUGUACACUCUUUUCCACCUCAACUUCUUAGAGGUAAGCCACACGUGUCUACCGGAGAUUCCCGUUGGCAUCGCUCGCCUCGUCAACCUCACCCGGCUCGUGCUGAACGCGAACCAACUCUCCAAGUUGCCUCCGGACUUGGGCAAACUGCGCAAGCUCAAGUUCCUCGACGUCUCUAGCAACGUUCUGGAGGAGUUGCCUGUCGAGUUGUCCAACCUCGGAGAGCUGCAGAGCUUCAACGUGAGCAACAACCGCCUCACGACGUUCCCUGACGAGUUCUCAAAGCUGACGCGACUAAUCGUGUUCAACUUUUCGAGGAACAAGCUGGAGGAGUUCCCUUCGUUCCUCGCUGGCGAGACCCGGUUCGAGCAGCUCACCGAGCUCGUAGCCAACAGCAACAGCAUAGAAACGCUGCCUGGCAAGCUGUCAAACACGCUACCGUCGCUCAAGUUGCUCGAUCUCGCCGGCAACUCCGUGAAACAGGUUCCCGGAGAAAUUGGAGACAUAAGCAAGCUUAAGGAGCUCCUGCUCAAAGACAACCCGCUGAGCGACAAGCGCCUGAAGAAGCUAGUCGAGCAGUGUCACUACAAGCAAGUCCUGGAAUACGUCAAAAGCCACGGUCCCCGAGAGUCGAAAGGUUCGGCACAAGACAAGUCCGGUGCCUCCAAGAAAGGCAAGAAGAAAGGAGGCAGCGCGCCCGCCGACAUCCAAGAGGUGCAAAAUGCCUUUGAGGUGCUCCAGCUGAGUUCGCAGAGCCCCAUGGUGAUAGUCACCGAUGCCGUGCAGGAGGUGAGGCCGUACAUUGUUUGCUGCAUCAUCAGGAACGUCUAUCUCGACCGAGACAACCGGCUUCGAAAGUUCCUGACUCUGCAGAACAAAUUACACGACACGAUUUGUGUGAAGCGAUCCGAGGCUACAAUAGCUACUCACGACCUCGCAAAGAUAACCGGGAACGUCUACUAUGACGCCAUUGAGCCUGACAAGCUGAAGCUUACACCACUCGGAAGAAAACAGGAAGUGAGCGGGAAGGAGCUGUAUCGGCAGAUGACGGAAGAGGCGGAUGCUAUGCGCAAGGAGAAAAAGCGAAGCACCUACCCGGGAAUUUACAAGUACCUGUACCUCCUCAAGGACAAGGCCCUGUAUCCUUUCCUGAGAGACGAGUCCAAGCUGGUCGUUUCCUUUCCACCAAUGACCAACAGUGACGGAACGAGGAUCUCAGAAGAGACGCAUGACAUUUUUGCGGAAGUGACUGGGAACAACCUUCCGUUCUGUAAGAAGGUUAUGGACGCCUUGUUAGCCGAGAGUCUCCAGCUCGGUCUAGGCGAUGAGGAGGCGCUCUCCGAGGCUGGAAGCACUGGCGACGGUGGCGCCACCACGCACAGGCUUCAAGUGGAGAAGGUCAAAGUGGUGGACAAGGAUGGAAACCUGCGUGUUGUGUACCCUUCCAAGACUGACCUCGUCUGCCCAGGCGUCGUCGUGGAGCAGCGGUCCGAGUGAAGUCUGUCGCGCUUUUUUUGUGCGUGUAGGUGUUUUGUUGGGGGGCUUUACUGGCCGCCCGUUCCAGAAAAAGGACUGGUACAACGUUCCUGGCAUUCGGCGGGCAUCCAGCUGUUAGGAACAAAUUCAUACAAAAUGGAGGCUUAGAAAAUAAUGGGAGUCUUGAAGCGAUCAUUGUAGUGCUGAAACAAGGAACAGUUGUUGGAGCCAAUGUUUUGAUGAGGGAACUUUUCCAGCUACAUUUCUUGCUCUAACCACGUUAAAUAUUGCAAUCUUUAAAGGUAUGCUCAAGGAAAGUGUUAAGCCGAGUUAGAGCUACAGGUCAGUAGUGUAGAAGUCUAUCAUCGUUAACUACUUCUGUGUGGCAAUAGUACAUAUGCAACUUUGUUGCGACAGAAAUUACCACCUAAGAUCCCGCCGUUGCUCCUUAAUUUGAAUUGCCUGUGCCAAAACAUACAAUUUUACGUAAUCCUCACAUGAUUGCCCUUUCAGCUACCUUUUGCAAGUUGGCUAGUACCGACGUCAUGCGAUAAGUUACCAUGGGGCCACAAAUAUAGGUGGCGCCACUCAGAUUUUCCAAUUUUAUUAUCUCCUCUAUGAGUGGCAAGUUCAUUAUUGUGGAAGCCUAAUUUUUUUAAUCUAGUUCGACCUGAUGUCUUCUUUUAGUGUUCCUUUAACAAGUUGAUUGGCUCAUCAAGAUCCAGUGUGCAUGCAGGGAAGAGAUCAACACCCGAGAUUAAAAGCUUAAGGUUUGCCUUGUCCGUGGUGUGAGAUUUGGGAUGAUAUACCAUAGGGCGUUCCGUUGUUCACUGGUCGAUCUGGUGCUUUUCACCGGUCGUUUUGGAUCCACUCUCUGCACUAGAUUGUUCUCACUGACUCCACUGCCAAGGUGUGGGUUCGGGCGAAAAUAAGACAACAAGCAUAACGUUCCUUUCGCCUUCAUGUAAAAUCCGUAUGAAACAUUGUGGUCACUUUGGGACAACAGCAUUAGAUUUCAUAGCAAAGUGCAUGCUGGAAGCCGGGCACCAUCUUCAGUUUGCGUGAUGCGUGCACGAACAGCUUCCCGUAAGCCCCCCCUCCCCCUGCAGCGAAUUUUUGCUAUCCACUGGCAGUUCGGAUUGAUGCAAUAAGUGCUUACUUCAGCACUUCAGAAACCGCUCCAGAUUUACCAGUGAGAAACACUAUUAACAGAGUGCUAGGAUUGCUGUUGCCUUGAAUGCCAAUACAGUCAGUGCUAGUCACGUCAUAUCUUGUGAAAGUGCAAUCCUGAAAGUAACGAUUCGACGAAAUUGCCUGACAAAUGGGUGGUUUCUCACAUGUAUUUAAAUCAUUUGCCUGCCUGCCCCUUUCGAAUUCCUAUCAAAUUCCUGGGAGAAGAACUGUGAAUUCACACGAGGCUGCCUCUAUUGGCAUAGUCGCGUGGCUGCUAUGGACGACUCUUUGCACAUGCCAGGAAUGCUAGAUUUUAGUGGCAUUUUUCAAAGCGAAAGCACAAUUACCUUUUCUUGAAAGUCGAACAACUUGCAUUGCACUAGGCAGUUACCCUGCCGGUUUUGCUCUGAGGAACUUUGUUGGAGUGAGCUGCUGCCUUUUACUGAACCUCCGCAAGAAAGUGAACCUUAAUUUAUUGAAAGUUUUACAGUGCCAGAUGUCUUUGUGCUUGCUGUUGAAGGAAUAAAGAACCUUGCAUUGUACUGUU